UAUUCGUCCAGACAACACUGAAAGAGUAUUUGAAGCUUAAGUCUCAUAGCUUCACUGUGAUUUAUAUUUAUUAUAUAAGUGUGUGUUGGGUGAGAAUACAGAAAUAAGGAAAAUGAGUGGGUAUGACUAUAUGUGCGUGCUUGCUGACUCCACGGUGGUAGCGCGCGUUUGUUCCACCAAUGUGACUACCUCAACCCACAGAAAGAAAACCUUUCAAUGGAAAACCUUUGACUGGACUCCGUGGUGUCUCCUGCUAUUAGUGUUGAGCCCCGUGUCAGCGGUGCCCGUUAAAAACACAAGAGCUGCGUAUAUCCUGGAAGCAGCAGCAGCGGCGGUAGCGGCAGCAGCAGCAGCAUCGACGACAGCUGACAACACCUUGGAGUGGGAGAUAAACCAGCAAUUGGAAGAAUUUUUAGAAAGGCCCCGCCGAGCGCUGCACCAUCAGCGGGCUAGCAGAAGUAGCAGCAGUAGCGUGAGCAGCAGGCAUAGGAUGGAGGAUCAACCUGACGAUGUGGGCAACAGCAGGAGCCGGCGAGGCACAGCACACUGGUCGCAGCCAUGCACCAACCUCAUGCACGACGUCAACAACACUGCGGAUUCCCUAGCCAAACACAUCCUUUUGGCGGUCUCCAGGGCCAUCAGUUUCAUGGAUGACUUCAGAACAAAAUAUGCGCAGGACCUGGGUAUGGACUGGGCCAACGUACUCGAAAAUUAUACUUCUUCGCAGUCCAUAGAUUUCCUCCAGCCAAAGUGGGAACCCCAGGCAUCCGACUUCAACUCUCAUUUGAAGUACGCUUACGAAGUGAUACAACGCUUGGCGGUGGGUAUUGAGCAAGUGACUCUGGACCAGGCUCUUUACCGGGGUACUUUCUUGCAGGAGUUUCGAAGCAUAGAAAAUCAGAUAGUGAAAAUCCUGUGUGAAUUGCAUUACGCUAUGGUACACCAAGAACUGACGCCUUCUGUCUUAGUUACCAAGGAGAUCAUGGGCGAAGAGUACCGUGACCUGGAGGGCGAGUCGGCCAGAACGAUGCGGGACACCAUCAUCGUCAGAGACUACGCUAAAGCUCUAAAUAAUUUGAGAGACAUGUUCAUAGCGUUCGAGAAUCCAUGAACCCCUCCAGCCAAAUGCCACCAUUGCUCUUUUCCAUUUGUCUCCUCGUCUGAAUAACGGUUUUAAGGAAAUCCUCGGAGUUUUAAGCACCUUAACUAAUGGCAGCGGGAGACACGUUAUCUCAAUGAUCAUUUCCAGAUUUUUUAGCAGAUUGUGAAUUACUGCAUAAAUUUACCAUUUUUUAAUCUGUGAACAAUUUUAUUUAAAAUUAUACUUAAUAUCUUAAGUAACAUUUACUGUAGACCCCAGAAGUAACACCAUUAUGUCUGCAGCGGUCAGCUCAGGCGGGGGUAUUAUACGUCUAAUCAGAAUUAGAUUGGUAGCAAAUAUUUUGUGAGAUUAGCAGCCAAACUCAGCUAAAAUAUGAGCUAAAUCCACAUAAACGUCAGGUAUUGCUUGUGAUUGUUUGUUACCUAGCAUUGUUUAGCAAUUAUUAUAGAAAAUAUUACUCUUUAAGGAUCUUACAGUCAUUAGUGUACUUAUUUUGUAGGUUACAAUUAGACAAAACUGUGAUAUAUUUAUUCUAUAACUUAUAGUAUUUAUUGUUAAUGUUAUUUUGUUGCAUUUGAGCAGUUUGUUCCUACGAUAUUAGUUCUUGCUCAAGUAUUGCCAACGUUUUCUUAUUUUUUCUACUGUCGUGUUGUUCGUUAUUUGCUUACCUUAUUUGUUAUUUAUCCUACUGUGAGCUUGUACUGUUUAAGCCUCUGGUACUCAGGUAGGACAAGCUGAUCCUCUAGUACUCAGGUAGGACAAGCUGAUCCUCUAGUACUCAGGUAGGACAAGCUGAUCCUCUAGUACUCAGGUAGGACAAGCUGAUCCUCUAGUACUCAGGUAGACAACUGAUCCUCUGGUACUCAGGUAGGACAAGCUGAUCCUCUAGUACUCAGGUAGGACAAGCUAAUCCUCUGGUACUCAGGUAGGACAAACUGAUCCUCUGGUACUCAGGUGGGUGAAGCUGAUCCUCUGGUACUCAGGUGGGUGAAGCUGAUCCUCUUAUAUUCAGGUGGGCCAAAUUGAUCCUCUAAUAUUUGGGUGGAUUAAGCUGACCAUCUGGUACACAGGGAGGAUCAUGCUGAUCCUUUGGUACUCAAGUGGGUCAAGUUGAUCCUCUGGUAUCCAGGUAGGUCAAGCUGAAUCUCUGGUACCUAGAUAGGUGAAACUGAUCUCGUAUUCAGACGAGAAGUUGAUCCUCGGGUACUCAGGUUGGCCAAGUUGAUCCUCUGGUACUCAGGUUGGCCAAGCAACCCUAGGCUGAGUAUGACUGGUAAAUGAUUCCAAGACAUGUUAAUUUAUAUGACACGAAUAAUUCUGUAACACUGUGAGGAAGAAAUUCACGAUAAUUUACAUUUCAGUUGUGGUAAUUUCUUUUACUCUCAGUAUUCUCAUUUAAGAUUCUCAAGGCUUUUUGUUUUUAAGUUAAAUAAUGGAAGCAGAUUAGCUAAACGGAGUAAAGAUCUGAACCAAACACUAUGUCAUAAAAAGAAACUGUACCCAUGCAUUUCAUUAGAA